AUGCAAGGCACUAUGUACUGGGUUGUAUUUUUAGUGGCGGCACUACAGGGUAUUCAUUUAGUGUUGGGCCAGGAGGAGAUAUUGAAUGAACAAGAGUUUGAAGCGUUGUGUCGAAUGAUAAAUUGGGCAGAAAGGGGACUGAAGCACAUAAAUUUGGCACGACAGGUUACUGAAGAAGCUCUGAAAAUAGGCGUAAGAUAUCUUGAAGUGGCCGGCGAGGAGGAGGUUACAGAGCUUACCGAACUGCAGGAGAAGGCGUGCAUGAGCAACAAGAAGACAAGUCACGAAAAGAAUUGUGGACUGUACAAAACAUUUUGGGAAGAGUCACAGGAAGCAUUGAAGAGGACUGCCAGAUCGCAAGCGCCUCAUCGAGGAAGGAACAGUUUGCAAUAUCAUACAGCGGAAGGAAUUAAAAUCAAAGUAAUGGAAGUGGCGGAUACGUAUCACGAGGUCAAAAAAGAAAUCUUGAAACUUAGAACGGAUAACAUGGAGGAGCAACUCAAUCAAGCUCUUUAUGGAGUAGGACAUUUUACUGGAGAGGUAAAAGGAGGGGAUUCGGACCGAAGCAGAGUGUGUGGACAAAACCUGGGCAACCGCGACGCCACUGGAGGUUGGUCACUAGCCGUGGAUUUGUUGUGCUUGUGUGCGAGGCACAUAUCCUGGAGCAGCGUGAAGAGUGUAUGCUGUGAGGAGUGCGGUACGGGAGAGAACAGCAACACAUGGAACCCAGCAUUAGACGGAGCACUACACUGGGAAUUUCUAAAAGAGAAUUGUCCAGGUGAUAAUACAAAUCACCAUACAGAGGGCGAACAGCUGAAAAGCGCCAAAAAGAAUUUUAUGGCAAAAGUGUCUAAAAUAGCCACUAUCCCAUAUAGAACUAUGUACAAGCUUGGAGACAGUAAAAAUAUACAAACAAAGCAAUGCGGGGCUAACAUAGGCACUGGCCAGGGAAUAUGCGUGUACUACGGAUCUGAUAAUGGAGCGAAUCUGCACUGGAUGCAAGCGUUGGAAAGGGUUGAAAAUGAUGUUGAAGUUCUUCUGCAAGACAGUAAAUAUAAGUCGACUAAGCUAAAGAGGAUUAAAGAGCUAAGUCAAGAGAUUCAGAACCUAAUCGAAGGUGGCACGCCGCGGGGAAGACAGAAACGGAGUGUGGAUACCGAGAACAGUGUCCCAGAAACCCCAGCUGACCCGAGCGAUCCAACACAGUCAACCACACAUACCAAUGAAAAAAAGCGAAUUGUAAGAAAACCGAUAUCAACAGGUAACAAUGCAUCCAAAAGCUACGGUGGAGAUGAGGUUGAUUCUUACGAUUCCAAAUGCGAUGGAGAAAACUCGGCAUGCUCAGAUUCACCAGCAAAGCCAACAGUAAAAAGCAGCAAAAGUGCUAUAAAUUGUCCACUGGGAUUAAUUUUGCUUUUGGUAUAA